GUUGUGCAUCUCCCUACUGAUCUCUGCCGAAAAUCGUAGCGUUGUGCAUCUCCCUAUUCAUCUCUGCUGGCCGUUAUACUCCGACCUACUCAUCUCUGUUUUAAUCACUGGGCUACGGCAACUUUACUUCUUAUAGUUGGCGCCACUAUAGAACCAACUGCAAAUUAUUUCUAACAGAGAGCGCUACAUCAAAAAUCAUGUCAAAAGUUUAAGCAAUCCGCAGUUAACCUCAAGAAGAAGUCGUAUUCUGCAGUUUACCAUCAUGGCUUCUACUGAGAUGAAUGAUAUGACGCUCCGAGAGAUGAUGGAUGAUAGCACUGCUACUGGAAUCAUAUUAAAAUCAAAUGAGCCAUGGCGAGAAGCUAAUUCAAAACUUUAUUAUGAGUUUCUUGAAAGUAUUCAGGCUCAUGUAUCAGAACCUCAAAUUUUCGAUACAAUUGCAGAUUUUAUCCAAAACUGCACCGACACUUUGGAGUUAAUGAGAGGUAUGCAGUCUAAAGUGGAAAAUACAUAUGUUUCUGAAGAAGAAAUUAAUUUGGAAAAUGAGAGAAACGUGUGGCGUCUUGUUUAUUGUUUAUAUCAAAAUCGUUUGAUGGCCUCUGACUUUCAUUCUCAAGAUGAGAUGGAUAAUCAUACUGAUAUCUCUGAAAAGGAUGUUAUAGAAAAUUUGUAUAAAAAUGAUAGUUUAAUAAGAGAAUAUCAACUAAUCGUUGAUUGGCUAGAGAAAAAUGCUUUGGAUACAGCAGAGAAAUUACCAUCUAUUGAGCACUUUACGGAUAAAACAGUAGCAUGGGAGAAUACACUGCAUCAAUUGCAGAAUCGUCAGAACAGCAUUACCUUUGGGUCAUCUAGGGCAAUAGUUUCUUCCCUUGAUCCAGAUGCACCGAUAAGAGAGGGUAAGCCUCUACAUGAUCUAGAUAGGGAAGAUGAUGCCAGGCUUGAAAAAAGAAUGUUUAUAGAGGUUCGCUGUGGCCAAUUACAAAAAGCUCAGGCACUGGCUAUGCAUUGUGGACAACCUUGGCGUGCUGCAUGCUUGUUAGGAUGGAUGCCACAUCACGAUCCCAAUUAUAAUAAUCCUCGAACAGACACAGAGCUUCCAAUCGAGGGUAACCCUAAUAGAAGUCUCUGGAAAUUAUGUGCCUGGGAAAUAUCUCUGGACAAACGCGUAGGUCCAUAUUAUCGUGCUAUAUUUGCCAGCCUGUGCGGAAAUGUACAGCAACUCUUACCCAUAGCACAGUCCUGGCAAGACGCACUUUGGGUAUACAUGAAGACACUGUUGGAUAUUAAAGUGGAAUCAGAAGUAAGAGGAACUAUGCCAAAAAGUUACGUGCCAAUGCCUGAUGAAUACUGGAAAAAUGAAAUGACUCUAGAGAACAUUUUUAACGAAUUACACGCAUCAAAGAAUCCAAUAAUACGUGCUCAGGCCAGCAAACCUGACCACUUAAUUCAGAAGUACUUAAUAUUAGAUCAAAUACCGCAGCUUAUGGAUGAAAUCGAGACAUUGAUAGACAUGGGAACAUGUACGUCGCAAUUUCUCAGAUUUCUCGCCCAUUUGAUUCUUUUCCUAAGACAUAUCGGUAGAAAUUCAAAGGAAAGAAUUGGAAACAAAGUCCUACAAGCUUAUGUACGUGAGCUUAUAAAACUAGGCGAUGCAAAUCUCGUAGCAUAUUACACAGCUACGUUGCCUCAGGAAGAUCAAGUAAAGAAUUAUGCUUAUUUCCUGGAGAACGUGAAAGAUCAUCAGCAGCGUAAAAGAUGCCUGGAAGCAGCUGAAGCGGCAAACUUGAAUGUAGAGGCCAUUACAAAAUUAGUCGUCGAGAAUAUACGCCACAAAAAUAUUGAAUUGGGUUCGGAUGACUUGAAAUGUGGAAUAACAGCUUCUGAUAUAGAGAAGAUAGAUGCUCUGGAUUGGGUAAUGUUUUAUCAGAGCCAAAGGGAGGAAGCCUUGUGGCAGACCAAUGCACUGAUAAGAUAUUUUCUUACUUAUGAAAAACUUGAUGCAGCUCGCAACGCCAUUAACAAAAUUCCCAAUGAUUCCAUUGGUCUUAUAACAAUGGAGUAUCCUUCUAUCGAAAGCACCAUAGCAAAUCUAACGAUGACUAAUAAUUUGCCAAAAAGAGCUUCUAACUGCAUACGUGAAUAUCUUUGCUACAGAGCCUAUCUCGAUGCACAAGAAGGUUUUGCUGAAUGGUUUUCAGAAUUUCACCGGAAGCCAACUCCACCGAAAGCUCUACCAUCUUAUGCAACAUUUACAGAAAAAGUGGCAUAUGAUCAUAAGAAAGCACAAUAUAAUUCUGAUCUUGAACGAUGGAAGAUGACAAUGCAGCAUCAUACUAAGGAUGCCAAACAACUUUUGUUCAACGUUUUACUCUUUCCUGACGGAGGUUGGUUGGUUGAUUCUGCUUAUUCUGGUGACGAACUACCUGAUCAUGAGGAUUCAUUGCGAGAGUAUGAAAUGGAAACAUUACGUAAACUCUGUAUUCCAAAAAUCACAUUAUUGUUGCAUUCCGUAAUGUCACAAAUGAAUGAACAUGCAGAAUGUGUACAACUGGCAGAUACACUGGCUUCAGAACAAUAUCAACUGUACAAAGUAUUUCCCAAGGAUAAGUUGCGCGAAGUAUUCCAAAAAUUCGGUGAGUCGUCGCUUGUCCUUAUGGACCAGAAGAAGGACCCAUGGGGCUAUUCAAAAUGAAGUACAAUCUGUCAUAUAGAAUUUUUGUAAAAAGAAAACUACAGACUCCAAAACAAUGAUUCGAGAAUAUCACCCUAUAGAGUACAAUAAUCAUGUUCCAUUUCCAAAGAGAGUAAAAAAAGUUACUCAUCCUUACUCAUUCAUUAUCCAUUAAUAUCUCAGGUAAAAUUACUACAUAGGAUUCCUUUUUUUUUUAUAAAACCAGUUUAUUGUCAACCACAAGAAGUGAAUAUAAAAUUUGAUACAAUGUUCAAUAA